UACUCUCUGAUUCAGACAUAGAAAGAGAACAGACCGUAGAAAAGCCAGUUAGCAAAACCAAUGCCGCUGGACAGAUAGCACUAAAAUGUUGGGAUUUUGAGACGCUUAUGCUCUAAACAGUGUCACUUAAUGGAUCAAUUGGAUUUAUUAAUGAAUAUAUGAUACAAAAUUGCCAAAGAAUCAGUGAGUUGGCUUUUCUCAAACUCAAAUAAUCUGUUCACGUUCAUUACUGGAGAACAUACGCUAAUAUUUAGCUGAGUUAGAGAGGGGAUGUCUGGCUUUGCCAAUGCCAUUUCAUCCUCUUAUUAGCCACCCAAUCCUUUUCAGGGUCAGCGACCUGGAGCACUACAGCGGAGCAACACUACGAGGGAAAAUUAAGAUUGUCUGCAUCCUCCAACACCCCAAUACUCUUUCCCCAGUACUGUCUUCAAUCAGAGUGGACGACAGUGAAUCUUUGGAACUUCAGCUGGGUGAAGAUUUGAAGAGUAUUGUGCCAAGACGACACAUUUGGAAAAUUUGAAUAAGGAGCUAAAGAAUCAUGAGGAUUGUUACUGGUUCGGCGACUCUUACCGUGCCUCCACGAAUGGAUCCAGUUUUGGAAGAAGACUCAGGAGAAGACGGCGGGAGCCCUCGUCCUCCUCCAAGUCCGAGACGCCUCUUCAAUGUGAACAACAGCAACAACAAUGAAGAGGAGGAGAAGAAAAAGGCGAAGAAGGAGAAAAAGGAAAAGAAAGAAAAAAAGGAGAAGAGAGAGAAGCAGAAAAAGGAAGAAAAGGAACAGGAGAAUGAAAAGGAGAAGGAGAAAGAAAAGGAAAAGCAGGAGAAGGAGAAGGAAAAGGAGAAAGAGAAGGAGAAGGAGAAGGAAAAAGAGAAGGAGAAGGACAAAAAGGAGGGGCCGAAAGAGAUGUUCGUGAUUAACCCAGAUAGCAACCUGUAUUACCAGUGGCUGCUGCUCAUCACUCUCCCUGUCAUGUACAAUUGGACGAUGAUCAUUGCAAGAGCCUGUUUUGAAGAACUGCAGCACAACUAUCUGAUAACGUGGUUCAUCCUCGACUACCUCUGCGAUUUGCUUUACGUAGCUGACAUGGUCUUCAGGACAAGAACUGGGUACCUGGAGCAGGGCUUGCUCGUCAAGGACAAGAAGCUUCUUCUCAAGCACUACACAGACAGCUUUCAGUUUCGAAUCGACGUCAUCUCCAUGAUACCCACCGAUGUGUUGUACUUUGCCCUGGGGCUGGACUACCCUGAGAUCCGCAUCAACAAGCUGCUUCGCCUCAACCGCAUGUUUGAGUUUUUUGACCGCUCACAGACCAUGACCAACUACCCCAACAUCUUCCGUAUCUGCACACUCGUCAUGUACAUCAUUAUCAUCAUUCACUGGAAUGCAUGCAUCUACUUUUCUUUUUCAAAGUCCAUCGGUUUUGGAUCGGAUCCCUGGGUGUACCCUUCACUCGAUGAGCCUGAGUUUGGAGAUCUCUCACGGAAGUAUUCCUUCAGCCUCUAUUGGUCCACCCUUACUCUCACUACCAUUGGGGAGACACCCUCCCCUGAGCUGGACUCUGAGUUUUUCUUUCAUGUAUUCGACUUCCUGGUGGGCGUGCUGAUCUUUGCCACCAUCGUGGGUAACAUUGCCACCAUGAUCUCUAACAUGAAUGCAGCACAAGCCCAGUUCCAGGCCCGCAUCGACAACAUCAAGCAGUACAUGCAUGUGCGACAUGUCAGCAAGGACUUGGAGAAGCGCGUCAUCAAGUGGUUUGACUACCUGUGGACCAACAAGAAGGCGCAGGAUGAAAGGGAGGUGCUACGGUACCUUCCAGACAAGCUGCGGGCAGAAAUCGGCAUGAAUGUGCACCUGGACACUUUGAAGAAGGUGAGGAUCUUCGCGGACUGUGAGGCUGGAUUGCUGAUUCAGUUGGUGCUCUUCUUGCGCCCUCAAGUCUUCAGUCCCGGUGACUACAUAUGCCGUAAGGGUGACAUUGGCCGGGAGAUGUACAUCAUUAAGGAAGGAAAGUUGGCUGUGGUAGCUGAUGAUGGAGUUACACAGUUUUGUGUCCUGGGAGAUGGUAGCUACUUUGGUGAGAUCAGUAUCCUGAACAUCAAGGGCAGCAAAGCUGGAAACCGCAGAACGGCCAACAUCCGCAGCAUCGGAUACUCAGACCUCUUCUGCUUGACAAAGGAUGACCUAAUGGAGGCUCUGACUGAGUACCCGGAAGCCAAAACCAUGCUGGAGGACAAGGGCAGGCAGAUCCUCCUGAAGGACGGUUUGAUAGACCUGGACCCAGCCAACCUAAAGCCAGACCAGAAGGACCUGGAGGACAGAGUGAACCGCAUUUACUCCACCAUGAUGCUGAUGCAGACCAAACUGAAGAAGCUGCUUGAGAACUAUGACAAAACCGAGAAAGACCUCAAACAGCGCAUUGCUCAAAUAGAGCGCUAUGCAGGCGAGGAGGUAGAGGAGGAUGAGGAGGAAGAGCAGGAGGGGCAGAAGGAGGAGGAGGCAGCACCAGAGCAAGAAAAGGAGGAAGAGACCAAAGAUGAGCAGAAAGAUGGAGAGGACAAGCCAGAGGAGGAGGAGAAACCAGAAGAGGAAAAGAAACCAGGGGAAGAGGAGAAGCCAGAAGGGGAGGAGAAGCCAGAGGAGUAGAAGCAUUUAAACAUCUCAGCAACUGUGCAGUAAAUGGAUCCUACAAGUACAAAAUAUUACAGCAUGUGAGACAUUUUGAAACAACCCAGUAGGGAAUAGACCAGAGGCAUCUAUCUUGGGCAUGAAGGAUAACUUUCAGACACAGCAGAUCAGUCAGGCCCUCUGAGAUUCACACUGCUCAAGCAGUUUCUUCAUGAUCUUUUGUAGCAGUAAACUCAAAUGGCCACAAGACUGCAGUAGAGAGUCUUUGACAGCUAGUUUUACUGAGAAUGCAGUGAUUUCUAAUCAGUGCAUGGAGGCAGCUUUAAAGCUAUACAGGGCUGUGCAAAAUGCUUUUAUCAGUAAUAAAAAAGAGCAUCCUAGAGAGGCUGAAGUAAAUAUAGGGAGGGGUUCACCAAUUUGUGAAAGACAACAAUUCAUAAAUAAGGUUGUUUCAAAAACCUUCUUAAUUUCAUCACCAUGUAUGCACCCCCCACCCCCUCUCAAAGUGGCGUCUGUCAUUUCUGAAAAUUUGGGGGGCCCCAACCAACAUCAUAUUUUGCCCACAGCACACACCACACCACAGCAUGUGUGGUGUGUGGAUGUUCUUCAGUCCUGUUGGAAAAGCAUCACCAAUCUGCUUAAUACAGUGAUCAGGACUUUGAAAAGUUGCCUAAAGACAAAGUGAGGCUUUUUGUUGAAAGAAUCUACGACAGAAUGUAACACUUUUGUGAGUCUCCAUGUAAUUCUAUGUGUAUUAUUUCAUAGAUUUGAUGACUUCACUGUUAUUCUUAAAUGUUGAAAAUAGUACAAAUACAAAACAAACUCUUCUUUGAGUAGGUGUGUCCAAACCUUUGACUAGUUGUGCUAAUGAGAUCCUCAUGAAUACGCUACUAUACACCAUUUCACUUCUUUUCCAUAGACCGGCACUUACAUUUAUCAUGCAGCCUACAAGGCACUGAUGCUUCCCAGCCAGAUUCUGUUUUCUGAACACAGAUGUGAAACAUGAAUUUUGCAUCUAAAUGCAAAAAAGUUUCAAUUGUAUUCUGAAUCUUUAUGAAGAUUCUGGCUGCAGAUGACUGGAGUUGUAGGAAUAAUUGUAAUUCAUUUGGAUUUAUUUUCUGCUUUGUAAAUAAACUCACAGAGUUUUUGGAAGAAAGUUUUAUUUUCUGAAAAGAAAAGAAAGAAAGUAAGAAGUCUUACAGCUUAUAUGCUAAUGGGGAGGCUGGCAGGGGUGGUAGAACCAUAAUUUCAGAUUUAAUAUAAAUGUUUUCUAGGGGUUUUGUGGUCAUGAUAUAUACAUAAUAGUCAUGCAUUUGCGUAAAUGUGUUUAAAGCAAUAGGGACCAGUUUUUUUUCAGGAAAACUUGCACAAACUACUCAGUAUAAAGGCAUUUAAUUGUGAGCCAUUUGAAACUUACCCUGCUUGUAUUAGUCAAAACUGCAGUUUGGAACAUGCGCAUAGUUAUUUAAUGAAUGACGAUGUCUGUCGGAAUCAGGCCCGUCAUCAGGGGUUCAGUUACCCACCAAUCAACAUGCCUUGCUAAGUCCACUGUCUUGUGCAUGUGAAACUAUACUUCGUAGCUACUUUUUCUCUGCAUGCACUACACCCCAACACGCCGCCCCCAACACCCACUUUUUUGGUGCUCAAAAGCCACGCUCAUGAUUUAGCUCUAGCAACAGGCCUGAUUAAAACACUCAUCACGGUAAUGCAGAAAUUAUAACCAAGACUUUUCUGUUUGGGCUGUUGAGGCUGCUGGGCAUGUUUUUCACGCAAGUGGGGAAGUUCUGCCUCCUGUGGAUUUUGUAAUCUAACAUAUUUUAAAAAUCAACCAUCAUAAAUCUAGCAUUCAAUAGUGCUCCUCUUUUUUAUCACUGCUUCUUGAUUACGUACUUGAGGUUUCUUGCGUAUUCAUGAAUGCCUCUGAUCAGUUUUGAGUUCAGUCCCAAAGCCGCCUUGAUUAUGCCUUAUAAUCAAAUACACAUAAGCUGUUCCAAGCUGUAUUUGGUGUCAACAAAGUGUUUUAUAUCAUUUCUACCAACAGCAUUCCUCUAAAAUACACAUUUUAAAAAGAAUAUUUUGCUUUUGGUGAAACUACUAUCACAGCACACAAGUAAUCCUGAGUUCUAGCUCCAAUUUAGUUUGUGUCAAAACGCAGAGUCAAUAAAAACAUUUUACUAUUAGA